AUGGCCCAAGUUACUUUUGGUUCGAGCCGGGGGCCAACAUCGCAGGUUUCCUCAAAGAGAGUUCGCAGCAUUUUCAGUGAUAGUGACGACGAUGCAGAUGAUAUCACCAACGAAAACAUCGUGAAAAGGCAGAAGAUUACUUCGUCGAAGUUGAAACUCAACUACCCCGAGGAUGAAGCCAGAAGAGCCAUGCGUGGAGAACUAAUGUCCACACCAUCUCUUAAAUAUCUCCUUGAUGAACUUGUCGAGGAAAUUGCCAAGUGCAAACAGGAAGAAAGACGCAGCCUGUGCAACAACAGGUUCCAUCAAACUACCAAGGGCGCUCUGAAGAAUGUACAAGAGUCUCUUGUCAGUCUGAAACGAUAUCUUCAGGCCGAGGCUUUCAUUCGAAUGGACAACUGGACCAAGAAUCCUUUGCGGGAAUGGUUCGAUCUUGUUCAUCAACAUAAUCUCGAGAGAGAGUUUCGCAAUAGCUAUUGGGAAGAGAACCAGCGUGUAUAUGCAAUUCAAAUCGCCAAACUGGCCAGCCAUGUCACCUCUCCCAAGGUUGGUCGUGGCCGCGAACUUUCACUUCAGUUGUCUGAUCAGUAUGGUAAGGAUGCCAAAGACAUUGUCGCUCGUUCCGUCUUUGUCUCGGGUCCAGGCCAUCCCAUCGUUCGCAGUGCCGUCGCCAUCAUGGUAUUAGCCGAGCAAGCGAGCCCUGAACACAGCGUUAAGCGACAAGAGAACACCGCUAGGACGACACAAAUCUGGGCUGCCUGGUGCAUUGCUAAACAACAGGACAAUGACAGAGAAAAGAAAUUUCUUGCCGCUACCAUCGUGAAUCGCAUGCACAAAAAUGAAGCAAUCAAGGCAUGCUUCUUGCAUAUACACGAUGAACUGCGACGAUGGUCAAAGGAAAUCAAUGAGGAGGAGUUUACUAGGUGGCAGAGAAUGCAUUGGAGAUGCCAUGUCAUUACCACGGGUGAAAUUCAAAGCAGGCCCAGGGCCCUUCAUAGCGGCCACGACAAUGGCUCCUCCAAAAGCACUAUCAAGUCACGACGCGACACUGACAACACUCCGAACUCGGAAACCAAAGAUGUCAAGCUGUACAAGAUGCGGAGGUCUACCCAACCCACUCACCCAAAGUCUGUACUAGCAAUCAAGCAUCUCCAGGCUUCCAACCUAUCAAGUGAGAAAGUCAAUCAGACAGAGGAACAUCAGGUAUCAGCUUCACGGAAAGUAUCCGAAGGGCCCGCUCAACGCCAGGCACAGGUCCAAGAACUUCCCCAACCCCUGCAGGCUCAGAAGAUAGAACAGCCUCAACAGCUGCAGCAAGUUCUCACUUCACCAGCUUCUCUCAUGCCGUCGAUUACCAAGCCAUCGCCACCUCAAGGCAUUGCGCCUACGGAUCUCGACAAUAUGAUCGCCCUCUUGAAGAACCUUCGCAACGCGUCCGACAAUGACGUGCAGGCGAAGAAAAAAGAGACACAAGGCGUACAGCUCUACGAAGAAUUCUCUGACAAGCUCAGACGUGAGCUUGAAGGGAAUCUGGAGCUGAUUAAUCAUAAGGUUGAAAGUUGUGAAACCUUGAUGCGGAAUGCACAAGAGCUAACUCAGGAGCUGAGAGACAUGGCUGCCUUUGUGAAGCAGCAACACGAGUCUUUCGAAAAAAAGCAAGAGUCUCUAAACAUGAUCACGAAACAGAAACACCAGGCUCAGGAGGACAGAAUCAAGUCGCAAGAUAGCAUGAUUCGAAAUCUUCGCCAAGAGAUUAACGCCCUGAGAGAACGUCUCAACCAACUCCCCAUACAACAGGGCGGUUCUGACCACAAAGACCAAGACUCCAUUGUUUGUGCACCUACGAUUCAGACGACUAGGAUAAAAACAGAUCCUUAUGAGAAGACCCCGAGAAAAGCCGACAAAUCUCGAGGCAGAAAAUAA